AUGUCUGGCGAUAGUAACUCUAAGCCCAUUGUCUUCAUCGGCGCAGCGGGCGAGAUGUGCCGAAUCGCAGUGGAACGAUUCGCCAAAGCUAGUAAUGCCCAUUUUAUUCUUGCAGACAUCAACACCUCCGCCAUCGAAUCCCUUGCCGCCAACCUUCCUCCUGGUCGUGCAGAUACCCAGAAGCUCAACUUAUUCGACGAAAUAGCACUUGAAAAUCUCAUCAGGGGUGCCAGACUCGUCGUCUUAGGCGCAGGGCCGUAUGCGAAAACCUCUCAUCCCGUUGUUAGAGCGUGCAUCAAGGCGAAGGUUCCGUACCUCGACUUCGAUGAUGAUGUUGAAAGUACACAGGCCGCCCUUGCUCUCACCAAGGAGGCUGAAGCCGCUGGUGUACCCCUAUACAUUGGUUGCGGUGCUUCCCCCGGACUGAGUAAUGUCAUGGUUAUGGAUGCUACCCGCGAGCUCGACUCCGUUGACAGUAUCGAUGUAUGCUGGCUUGUUGGCGAUGAGGCAAGUGUUGGCAAAGCAGUGCUUCAACACCUAAUGCAUAUUGCCGCUGGGCCAUGCCUCACCUGGGUAAACUCUAAACCGGUGGUGAAUGAGUCAUGGGUUGGGACUACCUACGCACCCAUGUAUGCGGACGAUGGAGAGCGGCUCCUGCAUGAAACUGCCCAUCCGGAGCCAGUGACGCUUCCACGUCUCUUCCCAAAUGCCACUCGGAUUCAGUGUUUUGGCUCUCUCGAUCCCAAGCCACUCAACGGUAUCGCUCGAGGCCUUGGCUCUGCUGUUCGAUCGAAGUCCUUGUCAAUGGAUGAUGCAGUGAACUUCCUUUAUAACCUGGCAAUCAACCCUCCGCUAGCGGAAGGGCUGGGUGGCUUAGGUGAAGCUUUCAGGGCUUUCAAGGGUCAUCUUCGUGGAGGCGAUAUCUCCCUGAAAGAGCUUUACUACGUGAUCAGUCAGUCGGUUGGGCCUUUGAGAUAUGCCCUAUGGGGAAUGCUUGAACAGAUCUGGAAUGGUGAAUGUACUACCGCCGAGGUUGUGACUUAUAUUCUGAACGCGGCGACUGGCACGAAAGUCGAGAACCGAGGCGGCGCACUGGUGAGGGUGGUCGGUAUGCGAGGUGGUGUUCCAAUGGUGAUCACCAAACGCAGUCCAACGAAUGGGAAGGACUCCUACUUUAGUGCCACUAUGGGCACAGUUACAGGAACCUCCUGUGCUGCGUUCAUGGUCAUGGCUCUCGAAGGCGGCCACCAGCGUGGUGGUGUCUUCUGUCCGGAGGAUUGGGCUAAGCCCGAAGAAUUUUACCGCGCCUUGGAGCGAGUUGGAGUCCCCAAGCACGAAAUCAUCGAAUCCAUAUAA